AUGAGUUAUGAAAGUGCAAUGGAUGCACAGAGGUACAAACAAGAUAAGUUCAAUGCUGAAUCACUUCACACAAACCCACAAUAUAAAACACCAUUGCCGAUUGAAAAAUAUGCCGGUGAAGUCUAUACUAGAAAAUUUUUUCUUCUUUUUCAAUAUGAAGUUUAUAAGUCUUGUUUCAAAACUCAUAUUCAAAAUAUUGAAAAGAUUGAAAGUGUGGAAAGUAUAACUGUUUUGGACUUAACGGUAAGUAAGAUGUACAAGGUGAAAUUUAUUUUGGGAAGUUCAAUUGAUGAGUUGAAGGUAGAUUGUGAUUGCAAGUUAUUUAAACGGAUAGGAAUAUUAUGUUCCCAUGCGAUUUGUGUCAUGAGUGCAAGACAAAUAACACAAAUACCAAAGCAAUAUGUUUUAGAUCGUGGGACGAAGCUAGCAUUAAAGAAGCCUAUUUUUGAUUUGCAUGGGAAUUUGAUUGAAGAUAGCAAAACGUUUAGUCAAAGAAGUGAGAGUGAUUUACAAUCACUUUUACAAAACCUAAAAGAUUUUAGUAGAAAAUUGGAGAAAAGUGAUGAUGUGAGGGUGGACAUUACUAAAGAGCAACAAAUCGAAUUAUUAGUAGGCACAAGUUCAUCUUCGACAAUGAAAAUACAAAACCCAAUCCAAUCAAAGAACAAAGGAAAAAAGGCAAAGAAUAAUUGGGAAAAAAGAACAAACUAUUGA